AUGCACUUGCCAUCCGUCUUCACUUUCGGAUUCACAGCCGUUCGAGCUGUUUUCGGAACACCUAUUCCAAGACUUCCUACAUCCAGCGGAAACAUUACAGCAUAUAGUAAUAAUGCCCAUAUAGUUUCAAUGAAAUCAUUGAGUGUCCGGAAGGGUUUACGUCAAGGGAUGGUGGCAGAACAUUCACCUGUGUUUCUAUUCAUCUCAAACUGGAGAAGCAAAACUGAGAGGUUCGUGAGGAUGGAUAUUGGUUGGAACAUCAAGGCAAACAAGGAGGCUAAAAGAGCUGUUUCUGCGAGUGUGUAG